UUGUACAACAAGAAACCAGACAAGCACCCACACGAUUCCAACACACAGGAACUACAAUCAAACACACACAACCUCGGUACCAGAGUGGAAGUCUCAGAGAAAAAGAACUUAUAUUUCAAUAAAUCCGAUAAAUUCGACAAUAAAACAGAAAUACACCGAUCUUACAGUACCGACACCGGAAUUAGAAAUAUAACCACCGUGUAUUUUGAAAAAGGUAACGAAAUAGUAGACAGUAAGUUAAAGACUUCUGUGAGCGAGAGUGCCAAGCUGGUGUAUAAAGACCAGGAUCCGGUCUAUGUUCCAUCUGACGACACGAGAAACCCCAAGACGUGCGGGGGUUUCAACUUCCAGAGGUGGAACACGCUCAGUGCCUGCACGCUACCCAAACCGGACCAUCUGGAGCCGCACAAACUGAGCCCGUCCCCCCACCCGGACCACCCCCCAAAAGAAAAGAGCCCGUUUAUUCUGGAGAAAGUUUGUGAACUGUUGAGCAAGAUCUCCUCUAAGGAACCAGCGGAGAUAGCCCGCUCCAAAUCCCCGUGCCCGCCAGAAGACAAAAAGAUCACACCUGUGAAAGCCAAGACCUCACCUGUACCAGACGACAAGCCACCUAGCGGCGACACCAAGGCUCAGAGUAGGGAGGCAAGGGUUGUCAAUAAAUGGAAGUCAAUGAUCAAAAAAUCUCGCGUCGUCGCCAUCAAAGAUUCCUUCAAGGUCAAACUUUCAGGACCGGAAGACAGCACCUCACUAGCCCCUCCCCCACUCUCCCCCACACCUCCACGCAAGUACAAAUGGGCGCGGGGGGACUCGGGGAUCUGGAAAAAAGUUUACCUGGACGAGUCCCCAAAACCUGACCACGACUAUGCCAGAUAUGAUCAGACAUUCGCAGCCGAAUCUUUGGAAUCCAGCAUUUGCCACGCGAUCACUCCAGUAAAUUCCACCUCUUCACAAGAGCUCAGCUCCAAGUCUGACCAUCCAGCAAACUUUGUAUGGACACAUUCUCCUUCGGCCAGUGACCUUCUGAGUUCACCAGUCCAGGAUAGACCAUCGACCGAAAACAAAAAUAAACUAGAGGAAACUACGUGUCGUAUCAACAAUGUAGAUUGGUGUCCAGUUGAAACUGGGUCAUCAUCCAACAUGGCGGAGUUAUCUGCCGGUAAAGCUGCUAGUGUAAACAGAGCAGAUGUGUUGGGUGUAGGGGUGGUAUGUGGGAUGGAAUUCAGUCAGGCGUCCAUGGCAGACGUACAACAGUCGCAGUCAAGCCACUCAGUCAAAACUGAAUCUACUUCACCUGUAAACCACAAUGACGUCAUAAAUAACGGUCAAAAGUUAGCACCUGUAAUCGAUCUUGCCUUGUCAAGUCAAGAUUUUGACAAAAAGACAACUAAAACAGGUGUGUGUAAAUCCAGCAGUGAUUUAGUUGAAGAUCCUGAAAAAUGUGAACAUUUUAAAGGUGCAAACAUAUGCACGAACUCUCGUUUGUUAGAAUGCAACAUUCGGUCCAUUUCGACAACUUUCGACACGUCAUCUAUACAAGACACCUUGUACGGCGACCUUGGACCUGUGGAACAUUCUAGAAAACAUGAAACAUUUUCUGUAACUGGACAUAAAAUACAACUCAACUCUUGCCAUGCGAAUAGUGAAAAGAGCGUCACUGUAGCGGAUUCUAUUUAUAGAACAAACACUACUACGGAAACAAACGAGAAAACAUCGUCUAAUUUCGUUACACGAGAAACAGAGGUGGCAGAUAUAGUUAUUGAAACCACAAAGACAGAACAAGAUGCGGCUAGUGUAAGCACCGAAACAGAAGGAAAAAGACCGGAAAUUAUUAUAAAAGAAACCAAUUUUCUUCACCAUUCCAACAUUAGCGUCGAGGAUAAUUUGAUCGUGGAUGAAAUAGGCUCAGAAUGUAAGGGAGAUAAAGAAAAUAUAUCCAUCGAGAGAAUUACCUCCCUUAUUUCUGAUGCAAAUAUGCCCGCUAAAACUUUGAUGAACUCGCCGAAACCCGCCAACAUCUCUCUACAAAACCCGUUUAAUGGAGAAAUGACAAGAGACUCAUUAGCCGGCCAAAUUUCUCUUCCAAAUAUAGAACAUAUUCCUGAACAGAUUGUACGGAAUUCUGAAAGACGUUCUCAUGAAAUUUCACAACAAUUCCAGAUAGACCCGUACAAUGCUAGCCCAGCUGUAGCCGCUCAUAGACCGACGACUAUUUUCAUGAAAAACAGCGUCGUACCCAAUGAGGAAAAGUGCGAAACAAUCUUCACCGAUGAAACGGAAGUUGUUGAAACGCCGGCAGAAGACAGGGGCCCAGAUGGGGACAAGGCAGGAUGUACUUACCCAGAUGGGGACAAGAGGGCCGAGCUCGAGGACCCCAAGAAGAAAUACACCUGGCCGACUGUGGCUGAGAGCCUGAAGCGGUUCCAGAAGUCUAUAGCCGCGGCCCCUAACCGCGGUCACCGUGCCCGAGACGCCACUUACAACACUUCACCCAAACUUUCGACCUACAGGAAAACACCAGGUCAACGACCCGCUGCACCUCCAUACACCUCAGCUGACAACGAUGAAAUCCGCGAUGAUCACUCAACACUUUCUGAAUCCACGCAGGAUAAAGUGCUGGAAGACACGUUACCCUCGGCUUCCGAGUUAAUCUCUAAGAUUUUGACGGAAUUCCAAGAAAAUACGUCCGUGAAAACAGCAUCCUCGCCGGAACAUAAGCCGGCAGAUCCUCACCCGGUGGUUGACGUACGGGCUAAGUCCAGGACUCAACGCACUGUUUGGGCGCCUCCUACAGUGCCAGAGAGAGUUCUUCCCCCUUCACCUGUGAUCACAUUAUCACCUGAUGCGAUCCUUCGAUCUGCUGUUCCGGCACUUGACUUAACGGUACGGCCGGCUGUUCCGGCAACUGAUUCAUCAACGGCAUGUUCCGCACGUGCUGUCAGUGACGUGUCAUCUGAUGCCAAAGACAUGACAUCUACCGUCCUACCCUUGAAGAAAUCCCUGACCAGUACCAGAUCGGCUCCAGUCUUGCUUCAACACGUCAUGGAAGACCAGCCGUACGUCAAGUUACCGGAAGUUCCAAGUCACCCAACCGGAUUACCCUUGAAACCGUCGAGCGAAUCUUCCGGAGACAGCGUGGACAACAACCCAUACGACCAAUCGUCGGUGACCUCACCAAGGUCAGGGUCACGAAGAAACAUGCAGAGCGCCAAACUGAUCAGUGUCAGCGUGUGGGACACUCACGACGGUGAUAAAAAUAGACCCUCGCGCAGACUCUGGACACCUGAAGAAAAGCCGAUUCUUGCAGGUAUAUCAGAGAUUGAGGAAGUCCAUGGCUCACAAGAUGGCGCUACUGUCCAGGAGAACAGCCUUGACCCAGCUCACCUGCAACCAGCAGACUCCUGUCACGAGAGAGUCCGGGCCUCAAGGUCACCAGUUCGUCCCCACAAGCAGAGGAAGUCAGCCAGGAGAAGCUUAAGCCUCCCCUCUGGUGGGCUGUCUUACGGGGAUGUGAAAAUACUUUACAAGGACGGACAUUUUGUCACGGUUGGAGGGGCCACAACAGAACAUCAGAGAACUGAUGAUGAUGAGGAUAAGGUCUCUGAAUCACCUCCUAAGAGGAAUUUAUCCUCCUCUUUAAAGGAGGUGAAUGAAGAGGUGUGCGACCAGGACGGGAAUAUGAGAGCUGAGAUCUUGUCUCUGCUGGAGCAAGGCAUCACAGACCCCCAGCAGGCCAGCCAUUGGGAGGACAUCCAGCCCAAACCUGGCGCACCCAUCUUCCUCUCUCUCCCCCGCAGGAGACAAAAAGGCCCACGGCCCGUAUCUGUUGAUGAGGUGCGUCUGAUGAAAUUUUAUAGCAAAUCCCAGCAGUCCCUGGUCAGCCAUGCUGAGAUGGAGAGAAGGAAGAAAGAAGGAGAUGGGAUGCAAGUGAAAGAAGGCUCUUCACUGAAGAGGAACAAAAGUUUCACAGAGGCCAUGGGUUCAAAUCUAAUGCUGAACAACACUGGCAGCGUCAGUGACGUCAGGGACACUGAGCUCUGUGACAGUGGCAUUGACGACUCCCAUCAAAGACUUUUCAGGGAUGAAUCUCAACACAGCCUGAAAGCCAGGUCUAAAGGUCCUGGGUUCAUCCAGCGUAUGCUGAAGAAGCGUAAAGGCUCCAGCUCUGAGAAACUAGCACAGCUCUCAUCUAAUCCAUCAAAAGAAGAUUUAUCAUCGUCAUCCUUAUCACUAGCGUCCUCUUGCAAUCAGCCAGCCUCCACGUCCCCAAACAAAAGAGACUCGUCCCUACCUCGGAAAAUGUCUUUCCGUGGAAUUUUCAAAAGGAAAAACUCAUCAGACUUGUCUGUGAAGAAAUCUCCCACUCCAGAUGACAACGUGGCGCCAUUCUGUGAAGACUCCAUCCCUCACUCCUCCCAGCGCAGGCUGCUGAGGAUAGGUGAGGCGGACUUACUCCAUGAUGAGGCAGUGACCAACGACGAAUGCGACUCCCUCUCUCCCACAUCGUCUAGGUCAAGGUCACCGCGGACACCUCUGUCCAACUCGAGCUCUCAAAGCUCGCUGUACCACAACCAGAAUCACGAGGACUCUGACAGAACCCCCACGGCAGACUACGGUCAUGUGAUACACAGGAGGUCACGCAGCUCGUCAGGCAGGUCCAGGCACCACAACGCCCGGCUGUCUGGUGACUCCUUCUCCGAGUACGACAUGGAGUUCCAGAACUCUGAAGACACCCUGACGCCCAGGUCUAUCUCCCCUGGCAGUGCUGAUGUCUCCGCAGAAGGGGAAAGAACUCUUGUCCCCAGCCCCGCCUCACCCAAUGACAGGUUGUCUCCCCCCAUCUACCAGACACUUUCAUCAAGUCCCCAACUGGCCAGGCGCCGGAGGUCAAAAGAUGGGGUCAACGGCCACACCACAGUGGACAGAGGGGAGAUCACCUCCAGUAACAGCAAUGAUUCCGGAAUACAGAAUGAUGUCAUUGUGACCUCCAGUGCUGAGUCUAUACAGGCCACCGUGAAACUGAGAAAGUCCAAGUCCCCCUCACCUGUAGUGGAGCGUCCCAAGUCUGACAUCACGGUCAGGUGGGCAGACCUGCUGGAGCAGGUGAUGGACACCACGUCUGUCAAGUUCCGCAAGGAUGCCAUCCGGUUACACAAGCGGCCUCGGCCUAAAUCAGACAUAGAUGAGAGUAUGGAAGAUGAGGGUCUAGAUAAUGAAGGCAGUGAAGAUGAUGAUGAUAUUGAAGAAGAAAACAAUGAAGGUGGCUGUCACACCCUGGACUCACAGCGUGCUGUCAGUGUCACGUCUGCCGGGUCUGUGCCGUCUGCCAUGAACAUGAGUGCUGCCAGCAGUGACGUCAUCUUCAUGCAGUCGGGCGAGUCUCUGCUGAGUCUUGUGGAACUCAGGCGGCCCGCCAGGGAUGUGCUGUCUGCUAAGUUGGCCAAGUUUAGACGGCUAUCCACACCCCAACCUAUCACCCUCCAUGCGGAGAAGCCAGCCGUGAAGCCGUGCAAGAGUGUCCAGGCCAUUAACACAUUAAAACAAGCUCACAGCAUGCCAGAUAAUCUGGACAAACUGGCCAGGAAAAAACAUUACUUCAGUUUGAUUGGAUCUGACACCCAGAGCAUCACCAGCCAGCAGAGUGGAGGGGAUGAGUCCUCGGAUGAAUCCGAGUAUUCUGUGGAGUACCCUGAGAAGUCAUUGAGUGCAAGGUCAUCUCAUGUCAUGUUGGCAGCUCUUGACCAGAUGUACCGCGAGGAGAACCUGACCUAUGCCGAGGCCCUGUGGGAUCAUGUGACCAUGGACCCCAAUGAGCUGGGGUUCAGGGCCGGGGACCUGAUCUGUGUGACUGACGCCACAGACAAGCAUUGGUGGUUUGGUGUGCUAGACGGACAUGAGGGCUGGUUUCCCACUAAUUAUGUCAGGCUGCGUGUGAACCAGGACAUCAUGGAAGACGAGCUGACCUUUCUGCUGGCAGAGAAGGAGGAGAUGGUGGUCAGUGAGAGGGUGGGCAGCGUGAUGAUGGCGCCAAACUUUGUAGACAAGCACCAGGCCAGGGCCAACGUGGUCAAUGAGAUCAUCAGCGCUGAGAGGGAGUACGUCAAGCACCUGCGGGAUGUGGUGGAGGGUUAUGUGAAACAAGCCCGCAAAAGACCAGAAAUGUUCCCCAUUGAGAAAGUGACUGUUAUAUUCAGCAACAUUGAGGAGAUCUACGAGUUUGCCAGACAACUGUUAGACAGGCUGGAAUGUUGCAUCAACCACCAUCAGCCUCACCUCAGUCAGAUUGGGCAGUGUUUCUUGGAUAAGGUGAAAGGCUUUGAGAUGUAUUCUGAUUACUGCAACAACCACCCAGCUGCCUGCGAGGAACUGAGGGAACUCUACAGGAACAAAAGAUACAGGCACUUCUUCGAGGCCUGUCGGCUGCUCCAAGAGAUGAUAGAAAUACCCCUGGAAGGAUUUCUUCUGACCCCCGUCCAAAAGAUCUGCAAAUAUCACCUCCAGCUUGCGGAGCUGCUCAAGUUCACUCCCCCUGACCACCCAGACUUCCACUACGUGCAGGCUGCCCUAGAGGCCAUGAAACAGAUUGCUCUGCUCAUUAAUGAGAGGAAGAGGAAGAUGGAGAGCAUUGAAAAACUGGCAGCGUGGCAGUUGUUGGUGGAUGACUGGGAGGGUCCUGACACACUAGAGCACAGCUCCGAGCUAAUUUAUUCAGGCGAGCUCAACAAAAUCAACCACGCUGGCUGGUCACAAGAAAGAUAUUUCUUCCUCUUUGACCACCAACUCAUCUACUGCAAGAAAGAUCUGCUGAAGAAGUCCAGUUUCUGCUACAAAGGUCGGAUAGAGAUGGACUACUGUCAGGUGAUCAACGUACCUGAUGGCAGAGAUCCCCAGUACAAUGUGAGUGUGAGGAACGCCUGGAAGCUGCAUGACACCAGCAGACAGAAGUGGUACCUGCUGGUGGCCAAAACUUCACUCAUCAAGCAGAGGUGGCUCAAAGCAUUCCAGGACGAGAGGCGCAGGGUCAAGGAUGAUGCUGAAAAUAAUUUUAACAUUCCAGCUCAUGUCAAGCAGAACAUCAUCACCAACUUUAGACUUAAAACAAAUCACAACAAACCAAAAGGUAAAAAUAAAUUUUUGCGGACCAGUAGCACACAUAUGGUGGGCAGCACAGCUAACAGAGUCGGCGCCAUCGCCACCUUGCCCCGCACCAAAGGUCGCCACAAGGUCAAGUCUGAUAGUACUUUGGGGAAAAAAAUCAACUGGUUCUUCCUGGGCAAAGGAAAAUCUUAAACAAAAAUUUACAGUUCAGGUGACCUGACUUGACCCUAGGUCAAUGACACUACUUCUGCCCAGCAGAAGACUUUCUUAUGUAAAACUGCCCACAGUGCAAUGACACUAAGAAAUGUAACAUGAAAUCUCAUUCAAACUAUUUUUUGGAUUAUCCUUUGUCACUGGAUGAUAAAGAGAGUUCAAUAAAAACAAAAAGUGCUUAAAUUAUUUGAACAAAGGGAGAUCAUUACAAACUGCAGAAUAUUUGAUCUUUGUAUAGAAUACUGGACAAAGGGAGAUCAUUACAAACUACAGAAUAUUUUAUCUUUGUAUAGAAUACUGGACAAAGGGAGAUCACUAAAACAGAAUUUACGUGUUUCUCCUUUUGCACUGGGUAAUGAAGAAAGUCACCCUAAAACUGAACUCGUGAUAUCUUGUGCUCAUAAUAUAUUGGAUUGAAGGUGACCAUGUUAAGAUCACAUUUCUCAUGACCAGAGGAUUUAUCAAAGUUUCUAGUUGUCUUCCCUUGAUCUCAGCUCUGAUAUGCUGAUGAUACACAUCAACCAAGCGCUGGCAAUGUCCACAGACAUCAGGAUGUGUCAUUCAAUGUCAUCAGGAUGUGUCAGGUGUCAAUACAAUACUGUCUACAUCCACUGACAUCAAGAUUUGCUGAUGAAAAGAUGGACUAGAAAGAAAAGUUGUAAUCCCACACACCACAGUGACAGAAAACAAUGCCUUUUUAAAUCUUACUGCAUUUUAAAUUUAACAAAACGUCGCGCCACCGGUAAUGUUAGAGUGGAUGGUUGGCUUCUAUCAACGGCCAACGGUAAUGUUAGAGUGUAUGGUUGGCUUCUAUCAACGGUAAUGUUAGAGUGGAUGGUUGGCUUCUAUCAACUGCACAAGUCUUUCUAAUCAUCUCAUUUGUUCUGUCUCACCAGUGAUUAACUCCCUUGUCUUCCAUACCUUCUUCCUUCACUCUUCAAGCUCAAAGUUUCACAAUGGUAUUCAUCUGAUUUUUUAAACAUUUUUAAGACAAUCCUGAACACUUUUUUAUCAAUGAAAAAAAAAGUUAAUGACCUGGAUAUUUUAAAAAAUUAUGUCUGCUACCAGAACCACCCCCAGCUCUAGAUCUGUUUUUUUGCUACCAUGUCUGUGUUGAUCAACCAUCAGUAUUCCAUCUGAUCAUACUUCACAACUGCUGUGUUUUCUUGCUAGCAUCUCUAUGUUGAUCAACCAUCAGUAUUCCAUCUGAUCAUACUUCACAACUGCUGCUGACAAACCCAAGCUAACCUGUACAUAUGUAGAUAGACCUGUGGGUUGUCAACCAGGGACUCUAGUGAUGAGCUCUACGUAAACCCACAGUGAUACAAAUAAUGCCUUUAAGGCACCAAGUGUUCAGCUGCUAAUUUACAAACUUCAUACAAUUUCUUCAUUAACUUAAGCUUAUAUUUGUAAGUUAACAAGGUAAUUCCACCUGUAGUUACCUGUAUAUUACUGUGACUAGAUGGAAUGUCUCUUAGAAAACCCAGUCACCUCCCCUAAACUGGAACUAAAAUCAACUUUUUAAAUAAUUUUUUUUAACAGACCAAUAAAUUACUGUAAAAUUUCCAUAAGCUUUUAUAAUUUAAAUGGACCAACACUAAAACAUUCUUUUCUUUUUUACAUCUAGAUUUAACGGAAAUAAAUUAGAAAGAUUCAGAUAGACCUAAAAACAAAAAUAAAAGCAUUAUUACUUCCCUUGAAUAGUUUUGUAAACCAAUUCAAGAGGUAAACUGUUUUUGUCACACACUAUUUUUGAUGUAAAAGAAGUUUUAGUUGUUUAUUUUCUAGUAAAUGACUGUACAGUCUCAUAUUUUAGACGUUUUUUAUUGUUUGUCAAAUAUUUUACAAUUUUACCACAUGUUUUUGUGUUGUGUAUGCUGUCGUUUGCAUGAUAUGUUGUCUGUAUGUGUUCUAGUGUUGUGGAGAUCAUGUGUUGUUUAUAUGUUGUUGUGUGUUUGUUGUCAUAUGGUGUACUAGAUGAUUCCCGUUUGUUGUAUGUUAAAAUGUGUUGCCCUAAAAAUGUGUUUUAUAAACUUGUCCACAUUUUUGUAACUAUUUGUUUCUUUUAUUUUAACAAUUUUAAAAUCUUGUUUUAUAUUAGUUGUAUGUUAACUUGCGUCAACAAUGGAAGUAUGAAGUUUGUGCAGUAAAUUAUUUGAUUGUUUUACAUUAGCUGAAUGUUAAAUUUGUUUUACAUUAAUUGUAUGUGAAACUUGUUUUAUAUUAGUUGUAUGUUAACUUGCGUCAACAAUGGAAGUAUGAAAUUUGUGCAGUAAAUUAUUUCAGAAUGUUAUGUUUUACCUUCCAUUCAUUUUAAUUUUCAACAUUGAAGCGAUAGAUUUAAUUUAUUCUGUAAAUAUAAAUUUCUAUUAUGUCUUUAUGAUUUAUAAAUGUAUAUAAAAAGAAUUAUACAAAACAACAGUAAAUAAAAAAUCUGGCAACUGUUUAACACAUUGCCAAAUGUACUGCUUGCACUAACAAUGCAUUCUUCAAGUCAGUCUAAGAAUACAGUGUUGUAACAUCUCAA